UAAAAUCUUGACCGGUGAGAAGAGAAGCAGUUCAAUCAUUGAUUUCCAAAGACUUUAUGGCAACAGUACCUCGCGAAGGGAAGCCCGUGUCUGUUGUUAGAACAUUCAAAGUGUUGUCUUCGAUUACAGUUUGACGACAGUAAGUAGAACAUGUUUCUGACGAGAGUUCGCCUGCCGUGGUCCUCUGUGUGCAAGACUCGAGUUGCAGCGCGAAGUCGGUUGCAGCGUCCAUGCCCUCCUCCUCUGGCCAACAACCGCUGGCAACACACGACCCCUCAGACAAACACUUGCACAUGGAAGGCAAGAGAGAACUCUUUCGAGGUGAGCUACGGUGGACUGGUGAUGCAGUUUGACUACCUGUGGCUGCGGGACCACUGUCGCUCCGCUUCCUGCUACAACACCAAGACCAACCAGCGCAGCCUGGACACCGCCACCAUCGACCUCAGCAUCCGACCAGACAAGGCAAGGACAGACGGCGAGAGCCUUUACCUAACAUGGCCAGAUGGGCACGCUACCCAAUACAAGCUGGACUGGCUGGCGAAGCACAGCUACGAGGGCCAGAAGCAGACGGCCAUGCACCCACGCUCCCUGUGGAACGCUGCGGGGUACGCACGCGCCCGCGCUGGCGCCCCCAACGUCACCUUCGAGCAGUUCAUGACCUGCGACAAGGAGCUGAAGCGCUUCAUGAACAACUUCCUGCUCUACGGCAUCGCCUUUGUGGACGACGUGCCCGCCACCGUGGAGGACACGGAGAAGGUCACGCAGAGGGUCAGCCUCAUCAGGGAGACGAUGUACGGUAGGAUGUGGAGUUUCACCUCGGACUAUUCCCGAGGGGACACGGCCUACACCAAACUGGCACUAGACAGACACACCGACACAGCAUACUUCCAGGAGCCCUGUGGGAUCCAGGUGUUCCACUGCCUGAGGCACGACGGCACGGGGGGCAGGACGCUCCUGGUGGACGGCUUCUACGCAGCAGACAAAGUUCUGCAGAAGUCACCGCAACUCUUUGAGCUCCUCACACAGGUGCCCAUUAAGCACGAGUACCUGGAGAACCUUAGUGACCAUAGCAACCACAUGAUCGGCAUUGGGCCUGUGCUCAAUGUCUACCCCUGGAACAACGAGGUCUACAUGAUACGGUAUAACAACUAUGACCGUGCCGUGAUCAACACAGUCCCCCACGACGUGGUGCAGCGCUGGUAUGUUGCACACCGUGAGCUGACCAAAGAGUUACGAGACCCAGACAACGAGCUGUGGGUGAAGCUGACUCCUGGCAAGGUGAUCUUUAUUGACAACUGGCGUGUGCUCCACGGGAGGGAGUCAUUCACGGGCCUGCGGCAGCUGUGCGGCUGCUACCUGACGCGAGAUGACGUGCUCAACACGGCGCGAUCCCUCGGCCUCCAGGCCUGAAGAGACAGACAUAGACGUCAGCACAUCCUCUCCUCUCCUCUCCUGCCCUCUCCUGUCCU